AUGGCGUUCAUGCGGUACCGCGCGCUGCCGCAGGGGGAGCUGACGGUGGAGGAGUUCCGGGCGUGGCUGGCGCAGUUCGACGCGGACCGCGACGGGCGGAUCAGCAGGGAGGAGCUGCAGCACGCGCUGCGGAGCCUCAACGUGGUUCGCGUGGUGGAAGGCGGGACGGCGUGCGCGCCGCCGACGCCAACCGCGACGGCGGCGUGCAGGGGGAAGACGAGGUGGCCCGCCUCUUCGCCUUCGCGCAGAGGCACCUCCACGUCAAGAUCACCCAGCUCGGCUACUACUGAUCAUCUGAUGAUCCAUCGGGCAUCGCCCAAUAAGCAUCGUGCCAUCGAUCGAUCGCGUCUACGGGAGGAGCCCAUCAACCUCCGGGACGAAGUCAUCCAGGAACAUGUCGUCCCAGAAAAGGACCUUGAAAGCCUCAUGCUUGGACUCCGAAAGCUGCUCAACAAAGAUGGACUCCAAUUUCUAUGUCUCUGCAGCGUCGACGGGCUCGGACGCAUUUGCGAGCCCCAACUUGACCAUAAAAACCUUCCGCACCUGGAGAGUCGGGUUGGGCACCCGAGGCUUAGCAGCUAA